AUGGCGUCCACUAGUUCUGGGUCAACUCCAUCAUCUAUUUCCGUAGAACAAGAGCCCGUAUCAGCACCGAUUUGUAUGAUUGUGCUCGGCAUGGCUGGCUCUGGAAAGACAACAUUCGUGCAGAAGCUCACACAGCUCUCAUUUAAUCAUUUCAAGCCAUAUGUGAUAAACCUCGAUCCCGCGUGUCGGGAAACUCCUUACCAUGCUAAUAUUGACAUUAGGGACACGGUUAAUUAUAAAGAGGUCAUGAAACAGUAUAAGCUUGGACCAAACGGUGGAAUAGUAACGUCUUUGAAUUUGUUUGCUACGAAGUUUGAGAAGGUGGUUGAGUUAAUCAGGCGCGCUGGACAACAGGGUCACAAGUGGUGUAUACUGGAUACUCCAGGACAAAUUGAGGUGUUUACCUGGUCCGCCUCUGGUACCAUAAUAACUGAAGCAUUAGCAACUAUUUUUCCAACAGUUGUGGUCUAUGUGAUGGAUGUUGUCCGUUCUAUCAGCCCAACAACAUUUAUGUCCAACAUGCUGUACGCAUGUUCCAUUUUAUAUAAAUCACGUUUACCUUUUAUCGUAGCACUUAAUAAGAUCGACGUUCAAGAUCACGAUUUCGCGGUUGAGUGGAUGACGGACUUUGAGGCUUUUCAGGAGGCGCUGGAGAAAGAACAAAAUUAUAUAAGCAAUUUGACGCGAACCAUGUCACUGACGCUCGAUGAGUUUUAUAGGAAUCUGCGGACUUGUGGAGUAUCGUCAAAAACAGGCAUUGGAUUUGAUCGCUUUUAUGGUUUAGUGGCAGAAUGUGCUAAGGAAUACGAAAGCGAUUAUAAAGCGGAGUACAAUAAAUUACGAGAAGCAAAAUUAAAAGAAGAAACACGAAGAAAGGAAGAGGAAUUAGCAGCGAUUGCGAAGAGCAAGGGCGAGGGAACCGAAGUGCCAUUGGGUGGUUUUGUGGAGGAGGUUCCCAUUGGUCGUGAACUGACCGAUAUUUACUUGAAGCAUCCGGGAAAUGAAAGUUCCGAAGACGAAGAAGGGCAAGAAGAGGAAGCACCAACAUUUAACGAAGACCACAUAGAGGAACAAAAUUUCAAUCAGUUUGUAAAAAAGCACACAGACGCUCAAAAGGAUAAAAUAAACAAAAGUGAAAUAUAAAACAUAAACAGGUUUCCGGUUACAAUUUCUGACUAAAUCCUGGAGUACUGGAAGAUACUACUUGUAUUUCGAUGGCUGAGUGGAAGAUCGUCCUAUCUAGACUGCCAGUUCGAA